AUGGUGGCCAUCCGAGCGGUCGUGAGCGACAGCAAUGCCGUCAAGAGCCAGUUUCUGCUGGAGGGCGAGGUUGUUUCGCUCGUAACCUCGAUGGCGUCUUUGCCACUCAUCGCAGUAUUUUUCUGGCAGCGAUUGCAACAAGCGAAGCAUAAAGCAUUCACUGUCGCAUCAUGUUGUCUGCUACUGACAUACGUGACUUCUUUCCUCUUCGUAUUUGUGCUCACAGUGGUGCUGCAUAUUCGAGCAGAGAAUCACAGCUUGUGUGAAUCGACGAUAUUAUUAUGUCUCACACUAUACGUGGUGAGCAAGAUGGCCGGCUUUCUAUUUCUCAUCGAGCGCGCAUACAUUAUUUCAUGGCCAGUCAACCCAAGAUAUAAGACACUGGAGUAUAUCCUCAGCUGUGUUGCGCUUUUCGUGCCAUAUCUCAUCGUCACAAGCUUUGCGAUCAAAUACUCGAUCGCAUUUGUAAACGACGCGAAGGUGUGCAUCAUUGGCAUUCAGAUGUACGCACUGGUGCCGCUAUUGGUAGUGGAAGUCUUGUCAUAUCUUUACUUGACGCUUCGCUUCCUCUUCCCGUUGCUCAUGGUCCACUUUGGCGGCCAGGGCUUACUCCUACCGCUGCGACGAGUCGUCAUGCGAACAUCAAUUGGUACUGGCAUCACUAUGCUGUCGACGCUGGCCGUCAAGAUCUCCCUGACUAUGUUCAACGGGGAGCCAGCUUGGUUAUGCUGCAUGACCUGCAAGAUUGACGCUCUGAUCGCUUGCGCUGUCCUGCACUGGAUCACAACGCCGGAAGGGCAAGACGAGAGUGAGCCGGGAACGCCGCAAGCAUUGGGAAUUGGCUUUGAUAAAGAGAGCGCGACAGUUGUUGCUACCUCGCAGGGCUCGAGUUGGAAUAGAGGCGAUUCAGAUGCGCCGCAAUAUGCGCUUAAGGAUGUACUGUGA